CUUUCCCUCUCUCUCUUCUGUACAGCGCAGGUUUGUUCCAGUGGAAAUAUUUCGUGUUUCAGUGCAUCGCUGACGAAUCUAUUCUGGAUAUUUUCUGCAUCACUUUUGCGUGAAUUAUUUGUAAACAUGAAAGUUUGGGUCAGUCUCUUCGUGUUUAUGUUCAUCUGGUUCGCAGAGAGCGCACAGAAACAAGACGUACCGGUGAUAGACGUGUUGAGUUUGGAGGAUGUGAAGCAGACCGUGGCUGCGGUGGAGAAGAUCUCUUUAGCUCUGAAGACUCUCAGUGAUGUGUAUGUGAUGUCUUCCUUCCGUCUGCCUCCUAAACUGGGUGGAGUUCUGCUGGGCCUCUACAACAAGCAGGAUAACAAGAAAUACCUGGAGGUUGCCAUCAUGAGCAAGAUUAACAAAGUUCUGGUCCGGUAUGUUCGUGAAGAUGGGAAGCUGCACACAGUAAACCUGCAGAGCCCAAAUCUGGCAGAUGGACGGUCUCAGUCUGUUAUUCUCCGUGUCGGUGGCCUGCGCAGAGAGUACCUGAGCCUCGAGCUCUAUGUGAACUGUCGUCUGGCUGACUCUGCCCAGCGGCUGCCCCUAUUGGUCGCUCUGCCCAGAGAUGCAGAGCUGGUGGAGAUUCGUAAUGGCCACAAGGCAUACACUCGAAUGCAGGGUUCAGUGGAGUAUCUUAAACUGGCACUAGGGGGCACUGUUGCCCAGGCUGGGGCUCUUACCGACUGCCCCUUUCAGGGGGACGCCUCUUCAUAUAACAUAGUGAAUGGCGAGGUUAAUUCUAUUCUAGGUGACCACACUAAAGCUCUUAUUGGCCAGCUGAUCAUCUUUAAUCAGAUCUUGGGAGAGCUGAGAGAGGACAUCAGAGAACAGGUGAAAGAAAUGUCUCUCAUCAGGAAUGCUAUUCUGGAGUGCCAGAUGUGUGGAUUUCAUGAGCCACGUUCACGCUGUCAGCCCAACCCCUGCUUUAAGGGCGUGGGCUGCAUGGAGACGUUCGAUUUCCCAGGCUACCGCUGUGGCCCCUGUCCGGAGGGCAUGAUGGGGAACGGCACACACUGUCAGGAUAUAGAUGAGUGUGCAGAGGCUCAGCCGUGUUAUAUACCAGGCACAUGUGUCAACACAGCAAAAGGUUUCACCUGUGAGCCCUGCCCACCCGGACUGUGGGGUCCUCCUCUCUCUGGAUUCGGUGUGGAAUAUGCAAAGAGUCAUCAUCAGGUACCGUAUAAUGAUGGGAUUGGAGACCAGUGUGAUGAGGAUGCAGAUGGAGACGGAAUAAAGAACGUAGAGGAUAACUGUCGGUUGGUUUCCAAUAAAGAUCAGCAGAACUCUGACACUGAUUCGUUCGGUGAUGCAUGUGAUAACUGUCCCACCGUUCCCAACAUCGACCAGAAAGACACUGACAAUAACGGAGAGGGAGAUGCUUGUGAUGACGACAUCGAUGGAGACGGAAUCCAGAAUGUGCUGGAUAACUGUCCCAAAGUGCCGAACCCAAUGCAGACAGACCGGGACAGAGACGGAGUGGGGGAUGCGUGUGACAGCUGUCCUGAGAUCAACAACCCCAUGCAGACAGAUGUAGACAAUGACUUAGUCGGGGAUGUUUGUGACACCAAUCAAGACACUGAUGGAGACGGACACCAGAACACUCGAGAUAACUGCCCCGACAUUCCAAACAGUUCUCAGCUGGACUCGGACAAUGACGGCAUCGGAGAUGACUGUGACGAUGACGAUGAUAACGACGGGGUCCCGGACAAUCAUGCCAUCAAUGGCAUCGGACCCGAUAACUGCAGACUCAUUUCCAACCCCAACCAGAAAGACUCAGACAGUAACGGAGUCGGUGACGUAUGUGAGAAUGACUUUGACAAUGAUGCAGUGAUGGAUUUGAUUGACGUGUGUCCAGAAAGUGCUGAAGUCACACUUACAGAUUUCAGAGCCUAUCAGACAGUCAUUCUGGACCCGGAGGGUGACGCUCAGAUCGACCCGAACUGGGUGGUGCUCAAUCAGGGUAUGGAGAUUGUUCAAACCAUGAACAGCGACCCGGGCUUGGCAGUGGGUUACACAGCGUUUAACGGUGUGGACUUCGAGGGAACUUUUCACGUUAACACGGUGACUGACGACGACUACGCCGGCUUCAUCUUUGGCUAUCAGGAUUCAUCGAGUUUCUAUGUGGUGAUGUGGAAGCAGACCGAACAGACGUACUGGCAGUCGAUCCCCUUCAGGGCCAUGGCUGAACCUGGUCUGCAGCUCAAGGCAGUGAAGUCUCGUACAGGUCCAGGUGAAUUCCUUCGUAAUGCUCUGUGGCACACGGGGGAUACGGAUGGAGAGGUGAAACUGCUCUGGAAAGACCCACGAAACGUUGGCUGGCAAGAUAAGACCUCGUACCGGUGGCAGCUCAGCCAUCGGCCACAAGUCGGGUACAUCAGGGUGAAGCUGUAUGAAGGCACAGAGAUGGUGGCUGACUCCAAUGUUGUGAUUGACACCACCAUGAGAGGAGGGCGCCUGGGCGUGUUCUGCUUCUCUCAAGAGAACAUCAUUUGGUCCAAUCUGCGCUACCGCUGUAACGAUACUGUUCCAGAGGACUUCAGUACACACCGUAAACAGGUUCUAAUGUACAUAAAGGUGUGAGGGGAGUGAGACGCCCUCCGUCUCUCUCUAAACCCUCUGAAACCCAGCAUGGGGCCACUGAACUCCUGUGUGCGAGGGGCCAAACAACCAGGACAGAUGAGAGAUUUACCCAGCGUCUGUGUCACUCCGGAUGAGGAGACUGAAUGAAAGGAGAGAAAAGACUUUUAUUUUACGUUUUGUGCGUUUAUGUGUCAUUGCGGAGCCGUAUAAUGUGUGAGUAUGAGUGUAUGUUUGAGAGAGUCCAUUAGCGUGUGUUUGCAUUAACAGUUGUCUUGAAAUAAAGGGAUAUGAUGCAUUUUCUAGAACACAACAAAUACCCAAAUGGUCCUAUAAUCAUUAUUAAUACAUGACAAAAACAGAAAUCAAUUCUAAAACUACCAAAAAUGACAGUUUAAUAUGUCAACCACAGAAUUCUCCUGUUCUGUAUGCCAUUAAUGAUGAAUGAGAGCUAAGCUCAAGCAUAUGUGUAGAAAUAUAUUAAUUUAACAUUAGUUAAAAUAAAAUUAUAUUAAACUUUA